UUUUGAACAUAAAUACGAGCAGCUGCUAUCUUCCUGGAAGCACCCAGACCACCCGAAGCGGCGCUUCGCCCUUUCCCUGUCCGAGGCAGAGAGUAGUUAUGUGGCUUUAGCAAAUUAAAAAAAACGCUCCAGCUCCUUACGGCUUUACCGACUCGCAGCCACUCGGUGCUUUGGAGCGGACAUUUCGACAUGCUUUCUUAAGUUGUGGCUAACUGGCUGGUUACCUCCGGGUUAGCACAUUCAGCUCUUCCUGCCCUUUUGUAUUUUUCUACUGGAACUUCGAUUAAAAAAUAAUCAGAUUGUUGGCCGCAGGACCGGAUAUACAAAAAUGGAGCCCAAUUUCGACAGCACCAGUCCGGUUAACACCCUUUUCAAGAACAGGCCCGAUGGGAUCCCCGGGCUGUCCGCGUUCUCCUUGCCCGACUUUAGUGCAAAGAACGCGCACUGCAGGAGCCUGUUCUCCCCCGGACCCGCCGCGGUCCUUUCUCCGGUCACAAAUCUGGCUCUGGACAUGAACAACUUGGCCGGACUCGGAAGCAACCAGUGUGAAACCCCAAAGAGGAUCAAGCCUCCCCCCCUCCAGAAGGUCCCAUCCUUUGCCUCAGAUACCUCAUCUGAUGCAGGCCUCGGCUUGGACCUCCCCAGCCCCAUGGAGGAUGAAGUGGAAGAUUCGUUUGAAAAGGAUGUGGAGAAGUGCAGCCGAGUCGUCAACAAGAAAAUGCCGAUCCGCAGAAUCAACUCCCUCCCGCUGCAUCUCCUGGGCUUCAGUCCUGCCAUGAAGGGACAAGACACCGAUUCUGAUCGCUAUGGAAUAUUUGGCCAUCCCCCUCCUGAAGUCUGCAGUUCCUCUGGUCACAAUAAAGAGAACAUUCCAGAGGAGAGUUUUCCCUUCAAAAAACCAAAGCCUGUUUCCCGGAGUCGCUUACGUUCCUUCAACGACGCCUCAAGAGACGCCUUUGCCCUCCGCCCCAGCUCUGCCCCCGCCCUCAUGCUGUCUUCACCUCCUCCUUCCCAGCAGCUGCACUUCCAUGACUCCAGCCCGUUUCUUAGGCGCUCCUCCCUCACCUCGUCACUGGGCGACGAUGAAGACGACGGGUUCCUGGAAGUCCUAGAUGACGACGUGGAGACGGAUGCUGUCAUGCCAAAAGGAAUGGCGAGUUUGCUGACCGCCCCGCUGGUGGCUGACAGCCCGGGGGAGACCUCGCCUUUUAUACGAUGUCGACCACGAAACCUGUUCCGCUCGCCUUCCAUGCCUAGUCCUGUGUCUCGGCCCGCUGCAAAGCGGCCCGACUGUCCCGUGGAUGAAAACACGCCAGUGAGGGUGAAGAGACGGCGCAGCCUGGCGGGCACACAGGUCACGCUCCUGGAGCAAAACCCAGAGUCGCCGAGAGCGGGUGGUGCUUUUCUCCAAAGGUCCAAGUCCUUCUGUCAGGUAGAGAUAGAGAAACUGCUGGACAGAGUGGAAAGCCCCAACGAGCUGAUCGGAGACUUCACCAAGCCCUUCGUACUUCCCACGGUGGAGGGCAAACAUCAGGACCUGAAGUACAUCACAUCAGACAUGAUGGUGGCGGCGCUCAGCGGACACUUCAAUGAAGUGGUGGAGCAGGUCAUCGUCAUCGACUGCCGCUACCCCUACGAGUUUGAGGGGGGCCACAUAAAGGGGGCUCUGAACUUUCACCAGGAGAGCCAGGUGGAGGAGUUCCUCCUCAGGACCCCCAUCGUCCCCUCCAGCGCAGAGAAACGCGUCGUCAUCGUCUUCCACUGCGAGUUCUCCUCGGAGCGCGGCCCCCGCAUGUGCCGCUUCGUCAGGGAGCGGGACCGCGCCUUAAACGACUACCCCAAACUCCACUACCCCGAGCUCUACAUCCUCAAGGGGGGGUACAAGGACUUCUUCCCCCAUUUUCAGGCGCAGUGUGAACCCCAGGCGUACCGGCCCAUGCACCACGAGGACUUCAAGGAGGACCUGAGGAAGUUCCGGCUGAAGAGUCGGACCUGGGCCGGCGAGCGCAGCAAGAGGGACAUGUACAGCCGCCUGAAGAAGCUGUGACACCUCGUCUGUGACGUUUAACCUCACCAGCCAGAAUUCGCACCAGCAGCUUUUUUUAUUUUUAUUUUAAAUUUUUUUUUUAUAAACAAGUCCUAACGUUUCCAUUUUUAACUCCACAAUUUAGCUAUUUAUGCAGAGUUUGGGCGAAACAACUGACCUGACCUGCUGCCGCUCUGAGGAAGACGAGGGCACCGAAUGAAUACGUCCAGCUGGAACCGCUACUUUUUUUUUUUUUUUUUUUUUAAUAUAUUUUUAUUUUUGACCCGUCAGAUCCAACUUUCCCGCUCAUUCGUGCACUUAAUAAACUCCUGUGUGGCUUUUUUUAUACCCCAGACGCUCCUGUCUACUCUGCUUCACGCCCCCUCCCAGCACUGAAGAUCUGAACGACUUCAGUGGCUGCACCCGAUCAGAGACACCCCUCCCAAAAAAAGAAUCCCAAUCUGGGCUUCUGAGCCUUUUUGCUGUGAUUCUCACUCUUCUAAACAUUUCAGUCUGUCAUAUUCGCGGUGACCUUGGUAUUUUUUUAACUUUUUGGAGGAGGGGAGGGAAAUAAACAUGUAAUAUGUGGUCAUA